CACAAUUGAUGAGUUUGGUGUUUUUUUCUUUUUAAUCUUUCUUGAUCGUCUGUGUCAUGUAAAGUCUGUACCAUACAAUUUAACGUUUAUAUUCUGGUUUGUAGUAUUUAGUUUGUAUGUAUGUUUGUGUGUUAAGUUGUCAGUCUGUCUACUUCUUGUAUCUCUUCCGGCCCGGCACACAGGAGGGAUUUGACAAAGGAUAUUUAGUUGGUUGAUGAACAUGGGAGAAUGUGUUUGUAGCUGAACUUCAUUUCUUUUUUUCCAGGGGAGAAAGGCCUUGGGAAAACAACUGGGAAGAAGUUAUGUUAUAAAGGUUCUACAUUCCAUCGUGUGGUUAAAAACUUUAUGAUUCAGGGUGGGGACUUCAGUGAAGGUAGAGCUAAAAAUUACGUUCCUAAUACCCCAUCUAUCAGUUUCUAGAGAAUUAUCUCAUUGUUACUUUUAAUUGUAAAUACUGUAUCACUCAGAGUACAGUGUAAAUAUUAGGUGGUCAGUGAAUAGUUGUUGGAUGAAUGAAUAUUAUAGACCAAGAAUGUAUGAAAAAGCAAAAUGCUAAGACAUUUUAUUUUGUUUUUAUGUAAUUUAUUUUAGUAAUAUUAUUUGGUAAAUUUCCUUAUAAUGAACUCCAAAGUACUAUCUGAAUUCUUUCGUUCUUUUAGAAUUUUGUUGGUGUUAAUACUUGUGAAAUAAGUGGGUUGUGAACAUCAUUUUUUAAUAGAAUUUGACUCAUAAUUUAAUUGAGGAUUCUUUAAGUUUUGAUUAUCUGCAGCAAUUACAAGGUGUUAGUUCCUUCUGCAAAUUGAAACCAUAAAAAGUAAUUUAAUUUAUAUAUAUUAAGUAUAUAUUUCUAAUUUUCAUUAUGGAUUAAUGUAGCUCAUUACUUGUAGGUAAUGGAAAAGGUGGAGAAUCAAUUUAUGGUGGAUAUUUCAAAGAGAAUGUGGUCUUUUGCAAAAUGAAAAGGUAAGAGAACGAAGCUCAGUAACACAAAUUCCAAUUCUGUUCCCUUGCACCCUUCCUAAUAAACUUAUGGACAGCCUGGGUCAGGUUGUGACUGGAUUUCUAUAUUGCUUGAAGACUUGGAAAAUUCUGUAUUUUAUUUCAUACGUGCUUCUGUACCUUUUUCUUUUCCCAGUGGGUUAUUAGUUCCACAUCAGGAAAAAGAAUGUAGUUGUGUUUUUAUUUUUUUAUUUUUUUCCUAAACCAAGCAAAUUAUUUGAAUAAAAGUUGAUAUUCCCUCCUUUUUCAAAGGUUUGUAUGUUUUCUUUUGUAUACUAGAAGUUUAUGAUUGUCUUUUAUUCCUACAGUAGUAGUAUUUGCAUAAAUCUAACUAUUGCACUUGCCCCAAAAAGCCUUAGAAAAGUCAGUUGCAGAGAUUUAUAGUGGGAUCCAAUAUUACUGGAUUUUAACACUCUAAUAGCUUCAGUGUUAUAAUCUUUUAUAUUUCUUUUGGGGGAAAGUGGAUUACUACCCUUUUUCAGAAGCCUGUUCCCAAGGUAAUUAUUUUUUAAAGUUUUCUGUGUUUCUGUUUGUUCUAAAGAAAGAUUUGUUUGUAUGAAUGUUAAAAGGAAGUUUAAAUUAGUUUUCCAGGUAUUUCUCCUAAGUGAUCUUUAAGACAGAUUUUUCCUUUGUCGUAGUAGGAAACAGCUGUUUAGCUGGUUCCAUUAGCAUGUAGCAUUUUGAAGCUAAUGCUGCAGGCCACUUUAAUGUGGUUGUUCCCUGUGACAGAUACCUGUGUAUCUUAAAAUUCUAUUUUGCCAUUUAAGUUUUUGUUUUUAUAGGGCUUUCUUCCUUAGGUAAUUUUGUUAUCCUGUUGAUUAGAAGGACUCCAUGUACUUAAUUUAAUUUAGGCAUGACCCUACAAGUUAAUUUAUGUAAUUUUUUGCUCUUAUAGUCCAGCUUCAAAACAAUUGAGCAGUGAAUUUUUCAUAUAGAAAUUAACCACAUAAGAGGAUUAAUAAGCCUUUCCUGUGCAUAGGACAUUAGGCAGGAUAAUUGGAAAUUUGGAGGAAAUGAGCUUUACUACAGAGAUUUUUCUAAAAUUUCUUUCCUAGUUUUCCUCGAAAGUUAAUAGAUUAAAUUAACCAAGGCAUGUUACUACUGAAAGUGACUGUUCUAAGGCUGUUUGUAUAAAAUAUUAAAUAUAUGUUCUUUUUCUCAAGGCUUUAAUUAGUAUUUCUUGGUCUUUUUAUGCUUUUGUGAUUUGAUUAGUUUAAUUUUUUUUUUUAAGUAUUCAGUCAAGUAUCUGUACUGACCAGAAGAGGAAUUUCAUCUUUUGCUUUCUGUUUAUUACUGUGAACAUUACACUUUAAAAGUGACUUAUAAUUAGAGACUGACAAAUUUGUUUUUUCUUUAAACAGAUGAAAACUUUAUUCUCAAACAUGACAGAGCGUUCCUUUUGUCAAUGGCAAAUCGAGGGAAACAUACCAAUGGUUCCCAGUUUUUCAUUACCACAAAACCUGCACCACACCUGGAUGGGGUGCAUGUUGUCUUUGGACUAGUUAUUUCUGGUUUUGAAGUAAUCGAACAAAUUGAAAAUCUGAAAACUGAUGCUGCAAGCCGGCCUUAUGCAGAUGUGCGAGUUAUUGACUGUGGAGUGAUUGCCACGAAAUCAACAAAAGAUGUUUUUGAGAAAAAGAGGAAGAAACCAACUCAUUCAGAAGACUCGGAUUCCUCCUCCAGUUCUUCUUCCUCUUCAGAAUCAUCUUCAGAAAGUGAAAUCGAACAUGAGAGGAGCAGAAGGAGGAAACAUAAGAGGAGGCCAAAGGUUAAACAUUCUAAAAAGAGACGAAAGGAAGCGAGCGGUUCAGAAGAGCCAAGGAGCAAACAUUCAUUGAGCCCGAAAGGUAACUCUGAGAGGAGUGAUACCAAUGAAAAAAAGUCAGUCGAUUCAAAUGCUAAAAGGGAAAAGCCUGUGGUGCGCCCAGAAGAGAUCCCUCCAGUGCCUGAGAACCGAUUCUUACUGAGAAGAGAUAUGCCUGUGGUCACUGUGGAACCUGAACCGAAGAUUCCGGAUGUUGCACCCAUUGUAAGUGAUCAGAAACCAUCUGUAUCAAAGUCUGGACGGAAGAUUAAAGGAAGGGGCACGAUUCGCUAUCACACACCUCCACGAUCAAGAUCCUGUUCUGAAUCAGAUGACGAUGACAGCAGUGAAACACCUCCACACUGGAAAGAGGAGAUGCAGAGGUUAAGAGCGUACAGACCACCUAGUGGGGAAAAAUGGAGUAAAGGAGAUAAGUUAAGUGACCCCUGUUCAAGCCGAUGGGAUGAAAGAAGCUUGUCCCAGAGAUCCAGAUCAUGGUCCUAUAAUGGAUAUCAUUCAGACCUUAGUACAGCAAGACACUCUGAUGGUCACCAUAAAAAACGCAGAAAAGAGAGAAAGGUUAAGCAUAAAAAGAAAGCUAAAAAGCAGAAACAUUGUAGAAGACACAAACAGACUAAGAAGAGAACAGUUAUCGUACCAUCUGAUGUAGAAUCCUCAAAAUCUUCCACCCGACAAACAAAAUUUUCUUGUGAUAGGGAAAGGAGAUCUCGUUCUUCCUCAUUGUCUUCUCGUCAUUCAUCAAGGAGGGACUGGUCUAAAUCUGAUAAAGAUAACCAGAGCUCUUCAACCCAUUCCAGCAGAGACUCAUACAGAUCAAAAUCUCACUCCCGGUCUUACUCUAGAGGAAGCUCAAGAUCAAGGACUGCAUCAAGAUCUUCAUCACAUUCUCGAAGUAGAUCCAAGUCCAGAUCUAGUUCAAAGUCAGGUCACCAAAGGACAGCAUCAAAAUCACCAAGAACAGCCUCUCAGUUAAGUGAAAAUAAACCAGUUAAAACAGAACCUUUAAGAGUAACAGUGCCACAAAAUGAAAACGUAGUAGUCCAACCAGUGGUGGCAGAAAAUAUUCCUGUAAUACCAUUGAGUGACAGUCCCCCGCCUUCAAGGUGGAAGCCUGGGCAGAAGCCUUGGAAGCCCUCUUAUGAGCGAAUUCAGGAAAUGAAAGCUAAAACAACCGAUUUGCUGCCCACCCAAAGUGCUUAUAGCUUAGCAAAUGUGAAAGAGACUGGUAGUUCAUCAUCCUACCAUAAAAGAGAAAAACAUCCAGAAAGCGAUCGGAGUGCUUAUUCCAAAUACAGCGAUAGAAGUUCAGAAAGUUCACCUAGGUCCAGGAGCAGAUCUUCUAGGAGUAGAUCUUAUUCCAGAUCGUAUACAAGGUCACAUAGUCUGGUUAGCUCACAUUCAAGGUCUAGGUCGCCAUCAUCUAGAUCUCAUUCACGAAAUAAAUACAGUGAUCAUUCAGAGUAUAGUAGAUCAUCUUCAUACUCUUCUGUUAGCAGCGAUGAUAGAAGACUAACCAAGAGGAGGUUUAGAUCCAGUGGGAAAAAAAACAGCACUUCAGGUAAAAGGCACAGCAGCAGCUCUGAAAAGACACUUGGCAAUAAAUAUGUCAAAGGCAGAGACAAGUCUUCAUAUCAGAGAAAGUAUAGCGAAGGCAGGUCAUCUUUAGAUUAUUCUUCAGACAGUGAGCAGUCAAGUGUUCAGGUUGUACAGUCAGCCCGGGAAAAAGAGAAGCAAGUCCAAAUCGAAGUAACUAAUAAUAAACAAGAGAAAAAGAGAGAUGAAGAGAAAUCCAAGCCUGAACGGGAAUGCCCUCGUUCAAAAAAAAGAACUUUGAAAGAGAAUUUUUCUGAUCACUUAAGAAAUGGUAAUAAGCCCAAAAGGAAGAAUUAUGCUGGGAGCAAAUGGGACUCUGAGUCAAAUUCAGAACGAGAUGUGACUAAAAACAGUAAAAAUGAUUCUCGGCCGUCUUCUGAUAAGGAAGAAGGUGAGGCUACAUCAGAUUCUGAAUCAGAGUUUGGUGAAAUUCACAUCAAAACCAAACCUACAACAAAGUCUUUAGCAAAUACUUCACUGCCUGAUAGCAAUAGUGUUUGGAAACCAAGCCAACCGCGGUCAUCAACCUCUGAUUCUGGGGGGUCCUGUUCCAAUUCAGAAAACAACAGAGGAAAGCUACAGAAGCACAAACAUGGGUCAAAGGAAAAUCUUAAAAGAGAACACACCAAAAAGAUGAAAGAGAAAUUGAAAGGGAAAAAAGACAAAAAGCACAAGGCUCCAAAACGAAAACAAGCUUUUCACUGGCAGCCUCCACUAGAAUUUGGUGAAGAGGAGGAGGAGGAGAUUAAUGAAAAGCAAGUUACUCGGGAGUCAAAAGAAAAAAAACAAGUUUCUGAAAAUGGUGAAACCAUAAAAGAUGACACUCAGAAAACUGAGAAGUCCUGUGAAGACGGCAGCGUUUCAGGUAAACAUAAUGCGGUGAAUAUCUCAUCAGAUCUUGAGCAGCAUACUAAAGAUGAGCGUAAACUCAGCAUUUCUCCCACAGUUUUAAAUACUGAGGAAAACGUAGCCAGUUCACCCCCAAACAUCCAGCAUAUUGAAGAGAGUGUCCCAAGUGGAGUGGAGGAUGUGCUUCAAACAGAUGAUAACAUGGAGAUUUGCACUCCUGAUAGGAGUUCCCCAGCAAAGGUAGAGGAGGCUUCCCCUCUAGGAAACUCCAGGUUUGACCCCCCAGAUGUAAGCACUGUUCUCAAGCAGGAUGUGCAGACGGAGAAUCCUGAGGCAGAGGUAGUAAAACAGGAAAGUGGCGUGUCUGAAAGCAAAAUGACAGGUGAAGUGGGGAAACAGGACAGUGGCGCGGCCGGCUUGGCCAAUGCUGUAGAAAGUACCGUGAAGAGGGAGAUGGCUGAGAAGAGCCAGACCAGCCUCGUGGAUAACAAGUGGAAGCCCCUGCAAGGUGUGGGGAACCUGGCAGCACCCACUCUUACUUCAUCUGGUGCUGUGGAAGUUAAGACAUCGACUGCUGUCCCUGAAAUGAAACCACAGGGCUUAAGAAUAGAAAUUAAGAGCAAAAAUAAAGUUCGACCUGGAUCUCUCUUCGAUGAAGUAAGAAAGACAGCACGCUUAAAUCAGAGGCCAAGAAAUCGAGAGAGUUCAAGUGAUGAACAGACAGCUAGUCGGGAUGGUGAUAGCCAGUCCAGGAGCCUAAGUAGAUCUCGAAGUAAAUCUGAAACCAAAUCAAGACACAGAACAAGGUCUGUCUCCUAUAGUCACUCAAGAAGUCGAUCGCGAAGUUCCACGUCCUCUUAUCGAUCAAGAAGCUACUCAAGAAGUCGGAGCAGGGGAUGGUACAGCAGAGGUCGCACAAGGAGCCGGAGCAGUUCCUACCGCAGUUACAAAAGUCACAGGUCGUCUAGCAGGAGCAGAUCCAGGAGCAGCUCGUAUGAUCCCCACAGUCGAUCCAGCAGGUCCUACACUUACGAUAGCUACUAUAGCAGGAGUCGGAGUCGAAGCAGAAGUCAGAGAAGUGACAGUUACCACCGAGGCAGAAGUUACAAUAGGCGGUCCAGAUCUUAUGGCUCUGACAGUGAAAGUGACCGGAGUUACUCUCAUCACCGGAGCCCCAGUGAAAGCAGCAGAUACAGCUGAAAAUGCCCUUUUUGGAUACUAAUUGUAUCUUAUUUGUAAAUAUCUGGUGACUUAAAAGUUUAGAAACUUAAUGGCAGUCUGUUGUUCUAUUUCAAAUAUUAGAAAUGAAUUUCAAGGGGAUAGACAUUUCUUGUUACUUGUUCAUUUAUAUGUAUGCAGAAGUAUUUAAAAUAAUACAAAUAUGUCUCCUAGAAAUAUUUUUGUGCCACAUUUUACAGUAGCCAAGUAUGGAAACAAAUUUCAUUUUCUUGAAUCAAGAAAUCAUGAGAUUUAUCUAAGUGUGAUUUACAAUAUUAUUUUAGAUAGACUGUUUCUCUCCGUCUCUUGUAUUCCUUAGAAUACAGACUCUUUUCCCCCGUUUUUCAGGUUUCAGCAUAUAUGCUGCCAAGCAUAGAACUGUGAAGGAGAACUGUUGAAGGCGGCCAAAUAUUUAUAUACCAAUUACAGAGUCUUGUGCAUAUGUGCGCCUAAAAACAAACCACCCGGAAUUGAUACUGAUGGUAGCUAGGAGUAUAAGGCAGUGGCUCUAGGGUUCUUAACUCAUUCCUGACUUCUUGGCUGUCUCAGAGAAUCAAGAAAGUGGUCAUCGUAUAACCCACUGUCUGCAUUACUUCAGGCUAGAGGGCAAGGUUAGGAAGAAUAAAUCAGCCUUAAUUAUAAAUACCUGCACUGUCUCUAAAGACUUAAUGCUUUAUUUGUGCUUUUUAAUAAAUACUAUCAGAAAUUUAGGGUUGUAAGAAAUAAUCCUAUUCCAGUUUAUGCUUUGGUGCUUGGUACCUUUUGGUGCCUCUUUAAGCAUUGUUCUCAUAUCUUAUACAUUAGAAUCCCAUAAGAGAGAAAAAUGAAAUGUAUUUUUUUAAUUCACCAGUACUGAAAAUGGUUCCUUCUGAACUAUCUUCACUUUGAAUAUUUGGGGAGCUUCUCCCAAGCACAGAUGUGGGCUGGGGGUCCUGUGGAGCAGGCAGGAUUGGCGUAGUGGGUGGCGUGGCCACCCAGGUCUGUUGUACAUAACUGAUGUGUCUGCUUCUGGAAGAGUAGAUUGAGGAACGAACUUCGAAAGUGACAUCAAAGUCUAACUACCAUCCUGGGAACAUUUGGUAGGACUUUUCAGUGUUUCCAGUAAGGGACAUAGCACAACACUAGCUGAACUGUUCCACACACCAGCACGUUGCACCUGCUUCCUCUGUGACCCCUACUGGCUCAGCGGAGCCUGGCACGACAUGAGGAACCCAGGACACCAGGUAGCGGGGAGGGCGUAGCAUACUGCAUAAGUUACACGUUUUCAAGGCUUUGGAUGGUUCCUCCAAAAUUAAUUUGAGCUGUAAAGACUGGUAUGAUUUUUUUAAUCUUUGGUUUGAUUUUUCCCCCAAGUGUACUUAAUCACCUUAGUGCCAGUUUAAUCCACUUAGGCGGAAGAAAUUGACGUUGGAUGUUUGAUGUAGAACCCUGUGCCGUCUACCUCAGGCCCUGCCUGGUGUAUUUGGGAAGUAGAAAAGAGUCCUCAGUUGGAAGCAUGUGACAGCCCUUAAUGGACAGAGGGGUGACUUUGGGUGAAUUAAAACCAUCAUCCAUGUUAAGUUGCAUAAACAGGGUUAGGUUGUCAAUUUUUUGCUAAGUUGAUAGGCAAAGCUGCAUUAGAAAACAGGACUUGAGUAAACGAUACUGGAAUCAAAUAGAAAACAAGGUGUGAUUCAUAUUAAGGGUUUUCAAAAGCGGCCUGCAAAGGAGAAUAUUGCUUUAAUUCAGUGGGGAAAAAACAUACUCAGAACCCAAACAGAAACUGCCAAAUCUAAUUUGGUUAAGAAAAGUUACCCUUGGGCAGUGUAUUAGUUUUUUAUUGCUGUGUAACAAAUUAGCCUAAACUUAGCGGCUUAAAAUAACCCCCACUUCCUAGCUGACAGUUGUGUGGGUUAUGAGUCUAGCACGUUAUCGCUGGAUUCUCUGCUGAGAAGACUGAAACCAGGUGUCAUCAGGACAACCUUCCUUUCUGGAGCUCUGGGGAAGAAUCCGCUUUCAGGCUCGUUCAGGUUGCUGGCAGAAUUCAGUUCCUUGCAGCUGUAGGACAGAGGUCCCCUUUCCUUUCUGUCAGGUAGGACCUCUCUCUCAGGUCCUUAAGGCCACCUGCAUUCCUUCUUGCGUGCUACCCUCCAUCUUCAAACCAUCGAUGGCCUGUCAAGUCCUUCUCUUUCUCACACUUUGAAUUUCUCUGACGACUACUUCUGUUUUAAGGGUUCAUGUGAUUAGAUCAAGGCCACCCAAAUGAUCGUUAUUUUGAGGUCAACUGUGGCAUAUAACAUAAUGGAAUCACAGGAGUGAUAUCAUUCACAGGGUCCAGGGAUUCGAGUGUGGAACCGAAAGGAGGGGUACAUUUUAGAAUUCUGCCUACCUCAGGCAGUAACUUUGCCCAUCUCAGCUGUGGGUAUAAUUUUAACCUGAAAAGGUGGGCCCUAGAAGCCUCCUUUGUUUUCUCCCUGGGAAAGGACAGCCCUCAACUGCAACAUUCAACUUGUUGUGUGUUUACUGAAGUGAACUACAGAAAUAGCCUUUCUUCCUAAAGUGGACUGUUCUGUAUUUUGAAGUUAUUUUUAAUAAAACUGAAUUAUGUUGUGUAUUGUGCUUCUUAAUAGAAAAUGCAUUAUUGAGCUGUUUUUUGUAGCAUCCUGUUUACUGCAAAUGAAAUAUGAUAGCUAGUAGUGUUCAAAACUGUAGAAAAUACUUUUGUACAUAUCGCCAACGUCUAAUUUGUAUACACUCCAAUUAAAUUUCCCUACAACUUGGAAGGGGGGACCUUGUAGAAAUUAAAAUAUAUACUUAGUCUAAAGAUCUGAGUCUGCACAUCUCAUCUUUAUUCAC